AUGACUGUCGAGUCUAUCGCAUCACUAACUACCCCAAUGCAAGCGUCACAGCUUAGAAUUGGAAAGUAUUGUCUCUUUCAACAACACCCUUGUAAAGUUGUUGAUAUGUCCUCAUCAGGUACCGGAAAACAUGGAAAAUGUAAGAUCCACUUUGUUGGAAUCGACAUCUUCACCGGUAAGAGAUACGAGCACAGCAUUAGCUCAGUCAAGAAUUUGGAAUCUCCAACUGUAGAUGUAUUUGAAUAUCAAUUGAUUAAUAUCGAAGAUGAAUUUUUAUCUCUUUUGGAUUUGAAAUCUGGAACAAUCAGAAAUGAUUUGAAGUUACCAGUAGCCCAGGAGCUCCGUCAGAAAAUCAUCAAACUUUUCGAUGACUCUGCGGAGAUAACACUCUCUGUUAUUUCCUCUAUGGGUCAAGAAGAAGUAAUCUCCUACAAGCAAUUGGAUGGAUUUUUAGUUUGUAAAAGAUUGUUUGAAGAACGUGAUAAAUAUCUAUAUUUUAAUACCGGUCAUAUAAAUAUCCUUCAUCAAAUAGAGAAAGAAGAUGAAGAAGUAGUAAAAAAUAGAUAUUAUAAUGGAAUAUUCAAAUUGAAAUCAUAUCAAUCAUUAAUAAAAAGAUCAUUCAAUCAAAAUAGUAAUAUUUGUUUCGAAGAAAAAGAAGAAGAUAUUUUCGAUUUGAAUGAAUACGAUGAAGAUGAUUUAAAGAAUCUCUAUCGAAUGAUAUCGAAUUCAAAUGUGUUCAGCCUCAAAGGAAUAUCAAGUUUACCAAGUGCAUUGCCAAUGAAUCUGACAUCGAUAAAAUUUGGUCCAGAGUUCGAUGAGCCAUUUUUGGCAGAAUUUUUGUGGUGUAAAUUGAAAUCUGCUGAGUUAGGUCUCUAUAGGAUUCAAGACACCAAGGAAUUCUUGAUCGAAGUUGUAUUGUAUAUAGAAGUAACUAUUCAAUCAAUUGUUGAACAAUUAAAUAAAAAGUAA